UGGGCGCGUGGUGUGGAUGUUAUCGACUUUCCCUUACUCCCUCGCUCCGCAGGACCACGGCGACUCUACUCAUUCAAUCCCAAUUUUCACCGAACUUCUUUUCCUUCCAAUUUUCACCACAAAUACCUUUCCCUUCCUCUCAAAUUCCCCAAUAUCCACAACCAGACUGUUCGUUGCUUCGCUGUGGCCAAUAAUCACCAGGACGAUCACCACCACCAUCAGGACGAUCACCACCACAACCACGACCACCACCACCACCACCACCAUCAUCGUCAACAUCAUCACCACCAUAACCAUGGAGAUGGUGAAGAGCUUAGUGCGCCUCAGAAGGCUUUUAUUAGGUUUGCAAAGGCUGUUGGGUGGGUGGACCUGGCCAACAUGUCGAGGGAGCACUUGCAGCUCUGCUGCUGCUCCGCGGCCUUGUUUGUGGCCCCUGCUGCUUGUCCUUCUGUGAUGCCCAAUCCGGUAGUCAAGCGUCUUCAAAAUGCUUUCAUGAUUAUCGCCUUCCCUCUAGUUGGGGUUUCAGCAUCACUUGAUGCGCUUACUGAUGUUAUUGGUGGGAAGGUAAAUAUUCACGUGUUGAUGGCUCUUGCAGCCUUUGCAUCAUUAUUUAUGGGCAAUACAUUGGAAGGAGGAUUACUUCUCGCAAUGUUCAAUCUGGCUCAUAUUGGUGAAUAUUUUAAACUACUGGUGGGUUACAGGGAUUCAAGGUGGGGAGAAGGUCUCAUUGUCCCCGCUCUGCACAAUAUUGGGGUUGGUGAAAUUGAUUGGGUUCAGGGCGGGACGGAUCGGGGCAGAAUGCAGUUCAGCUAUGAUUUCAUGGUUUUAAAUAUCAAGCCACUUGUGCAGGUAACACUAAUUCACCUUGAGGACAGACCUCAAGCUGGGGUUUCAAAUGUCAUAGCAGAAUUACAGGACCAAGCAAGGCUCCGUGUUAUGAUGCUAACUGGUGAUCAUGAAUCAAGUGCUUGGAGAGUUGCAAAAGCUGUGGGUAUUACUGAAGUUCGCUACAGCCUGAAGCCUGAGGACAAGCUCAAUCAUGUGAAGAGUAUCUCAAGGAAUAUGGGGGGAGGUCUGAUUAUGGUAGGUGAAGGUAUCAAUGAUGCACCAGCACUUGCUGCUGCAACUGUUGGUAUUGUUCUUGCUCAACUUGCAAGUGCAACUGCCAUAGCAGUUGCAGAUGUCCUGUUGCUGCGAGACAAUAUAUCUGGUGUUCCAUUCUGCAUUGCAAAGUCCCGCCAAACAACUUCUCUGGUCAAGCAAAAUGUGGCCAUUGCUUUAACUCGUAUAGUUCUGGCCUCUCUUCCAUCUGUUUUGGGGUUUCUUCCCCUUUGGUUGACGGUUCUUUUACACGAAGGUGGUACUCUCCUCGUUUGCCUCAAUUCUAUACGUGCUCUAAAUGACCCCAAAUGGUCCUUGGGGGAGGACUUGUGGCAUCUUGUAAAAGAAUUCAAAUCUAGACUGACAUCAUUGAAGGCGGAUGAUACAAUCUCAAACAAAAUGCAGGCUGCACCUUUAUAACCCUAGCUUGUGUAUUUUCUUGGAUUUCUUUGUUCUUUCUUAGAAUUUAGAAAUAGAAAUAUCCUGCUAAAGUUGAUUUAUGCACAAUAUUUUCUUAUAUUUAGGUAUUAGCACGAGGAGAACCAUAAGAAUCAGCUGUAGGUGACAACUGACAAACCUUUUUUUUUUCAUGAUUUUUCUUCAAGAUGUAUAGAAUUCUCUUAGAAAAUUGAAUAAAAGCUUUUGCCAAGAAA